AAAGAAACUUCUAUAAUUUUCCCUCCAAUCUCUUCUCAUUCACUUCAACAAAUACAUCCAAAACUCAAAUUUUAUCUACACCACUUGUAAGGUUGUGUUUGAUUUAAAUCUCUUAUUCUCUUACUUCCUUUUACAGAAAAACAAAAACAUAUCGAUUUCAGUCAUAUCGCAACCAUGGCCGAUCGUUAUAUCCCAGAGCAUCGUCGAACUCAGUUCAAAGCAAAGAACACUUUCAAGCCUGAUGAAUUAAGACGUCGUCGCGAGGAACAACAAGUCGAGAUCAGAAAAGUCAAGCGUGAUGAGAAUCUUGCAAAGAGAAGAGGUAUUACAGCAGGAGAUGGAUCUUCACGACCGGGAGCCUCUUUGGGUGCUGAGCCUGAUAGUGAUGAUGAUACCGCCCCUACAGAGAGUCAGGUAAGUUGUGAUCGCGCAUACACAUUUCUAUCCAACUAGCACUCGCACACAUUAUUUCCCACAUUUGUUCUACACAGUCAUACCAAUACUUCUUUUCAAUAUACCCCACCACCAGGAACUUUCAAAUAGCUUUCAACUAUUUACUUUCCUUGGUGGGGUAGCAGCUGUUCCCUAGUGGUAAUGUUUUCGCUUCUGCGAUUGACCCUCUAUCACAGCUUUAUCGCGAACGUUAAUGCUAGGUUUCGGUUUCACAACCUGAACAAUAUCAUUGUUCCUUAUCAAAUACCCUGUCCAUGGCUAAUCAAGAUUUCUUUUCAAUAGUUGAACGAUGACCUUCCUUUAAUGGUACAAGGCGUAUUUUCCGAACAAAUAGAUGCACAAAUCCAAGCCACAACCAAAUUCAGAAAGUUACUUUCAAAAGAAAGAAACCCUCCUAUCGAGGAAGUUAUUAAGACUGGUGUCGUUUCACGAUUUGUCGAAUUCCUCCGUUCCCCUCACACACUUGUACAAUUCGAGGCAGCAUGGGCUCUUACAAAUAUCGCAUCUGGCUCUGCUCAACAAACCCAGGUUGUUAUUGAAGCUGGUGCCGUUCCAAUUUUCGUUGAGUUGCUCGGAAGUCACGAACCAGAUGUUAGAGAACAAGCCGUUUGGGCUUUAGGAAAUAUUGCUGGUGAUAGCCCAUCAUGCAGAGAUUAUGUUUUGGGAUGUGGUGCCCUUAAGCCUCUCCUCGCUCUUUUGGGUGAUAGCAGAAAGUUGAGCAUGCUCCGUAAUGCUACCUGGACUCUUAGCAACUUCUGUCGUGGAAAGACACCGCAACCUGAUUGGACUACCGUAAGGAUUCCCACUCUGCUCCCUUUAUUAUGCUAAGACUUACAAUUAUAGCAGAUUUUACCAGCUCUGCCAGUUUUGGCCAAGCUCGUUUAUUCUUUGGAUGAUGAAGUUUUGAUCGAUGCUUGUUGGGCAAUUUCAUAUCUUUCCGAUGGCGCCAAUGACAAGAUACAAGCUGUCAUCGAAGCUGGUAUUCCUCGUCGUCUCGUGGAAUUGUUGAUGCACGCCUCCACCUCGGUUCAAACCCCUGCUCUUCGUUCCGUUGGAAACAUCGUCACUGGUGAUGAUGUUCAAACCCAAGUUAUCAUUAACUGUGGUGCUCUCCCAGCUUUGUUGUCCCUUUUGAGCUCAGGAAAGGAUGGUAUUAGAAAGGAAGCUUGCUGGACCAUCUCCAACGUUACUGCUGGUAACUCUACUCAAAUUCAAGCAGUUAUCGAUGCCAACAUCAUCCCACCUCUUAUUCAUCUUUUGUCCAAUGGUGACCUCAAGACGCGCAAAGAAGCUUGUUGGGCAAUCUCAAAUGCUACCUCCGGUGGUCUUCAAAAACCAGAGCAAAUUCGUUACUUGGUUAACCAAGGUUGCAUCAAACCACUUUGCGACCUUUUGGCCUGCCCGGAUAACAAGAUCAUUCAGGUCGCUCUUGAUGGUCUUGAGAAUAUCUUGAAGGUUGGUGAGAUGGAUAAGGAUGCUGCCGGAGAAGGAACUGAGAGCAUCAACCGAUAUGCAUUGUUCAUCGAGGAAUGCCAUGGUAUGGAGAAGAUUCACGAUUGCCAAACCAACGCAAACGAAGAGAUCUACAUGAAGGCAUACAACAUGAUUGAAAAGUACUUCUCUGAUGAGGAAGAAGGUGCUGAUGAUGGUCAACCACAAAUCGCUGGUAAUACUUUUGGUUUUGGUACGAAUGGGGAACAAUCUGGUAACUUCAACUUCGCCAAUGGUGGGGAUACGAUGGAUAUGUAAACAUCUUUUAUGAGUCAACAAAUCCUCUAGCUUUUAGCUAUUCUUUCCAUUCCAAAAAUCCCCUAAUACGACUUCUAAUAAAAAUUGACAUCGUCGUCACCAACAAUAAAUCGGACCUAAAGUUUCGGCACCGAUAGUUCUCCUCAAUCUGCGAAUGCGAAUAAAAAACGCCAAAUUUAUCCACCCAAAGCACGUUUUCCCCCGAUGUGACCAACGAUUAGCGAAAGAUUCACCGUCAUGUAUUUUCCCUUUCUUACCGUUUUUACAACCAACAACCUCGGCACAUCCAGGCGUUUUUUUGAUCAGUUUCUUUCCCCGAGGUUCAUUCUGCCCCUUCUGUUCAUUUUUUCCAAAUUCAAAGUUUUUGCGACGCUGAGACAUGGUAGCUUGAAAGCGACAUGAUUCUCCCCACGGAGUUCAGAUGAAUAUUUUUUACGCAAUGACACAUUAGUGUGAUAUGAUGUGUGGUGAGUAUGGUAGCUUGAAAGCUCCUACUCUAAAUGAGAUGUUACGAGAUCAGGAUUUGGAUGAUGGAACAUUUCGGAGGGAGCAUAUUAUGAUGCGAUGGUUGGUGGCGGUGGUGGAUGAUUGGGUGGGCAAGAUGGAUGAAUGCAUGAAGGAAAGGAGGAGAGUAAGAGGGAUGAGAUAGCAUCACAAACAAGAUAUCAUAUGAAUGAAUGAUUGAUUGAUUAUAUUUGGUUGAUUUGGUGUAUGUGUCAUGGACUAGUCUGACUCGAUUAGGAACAUGAAGAAGGGGGGAGGAAAG